AUGGCCCCGGACGAAAAGGAUGUCAUAGUCGAGGAAGUGUUGAAAAGGAGAAAUCUCCUAUGGGACAGAUCCGGCACUAGGGAACCCAACUGUAACCACAAAAGGACACAGGCUUGGAAGGAGAUACGAAGAAUCGUUUUUGAGAAGUGUGACAAAGAAAUGAGCAUUGAGUCGAUCAAAAGAUGUUGGCGUGCAAAGAGGGGAAACGUCCGGGAUCUCUUAAUGAAAGAAAAAAAGUACAGAUCUGCUACCGGGGGCGGGGUCAAUGUCGCACUUGAACACGCGUUGAGCAAAGGAAUGGCGAGCAUGACGGAGGCAGACGUCAAGAUAGCACGAGCCUUAGGCCCGGAGGCCUGCUUUGGCGGCCUCCGGGUCGCCGAAAGCGCAGUAUGUGCGGCACCUCCUUCUGAAAGUAGCGCGGAAUUCAGUGGAUCGCAGGAAAAAGAACUCUUGAAGCAGUUGUCAACUUUUGAAAGUGAUAGUGAAAGCGAUGCUGACGACGAUAGCCCCCCUAGGAAGCGUCGCUGCAGUGCGCAACAAGAAUUGUUGGAAGAGCAAACAAAAUAUAUAAGAGCCAAGCGCAUGUACUUGGAGAAAAAAUAUGCCAUCCUGAGCAAGGUCGACGCAUUGGUCGAUCGAAUACAAAUCAACAUCAACGUUCAAACAUCUCCACCCAAGCAACAUCUAGGAAGCGUCGCUCCAAUGCGGACGAACGUCGAUAACAACAUCGAGGAGUCCCUGCUAUCUUAAUGUUAUUUAAUUCUGGCAUUCGUUAGUAUUUACAUGUUCGUUAGUCUUCAAGAACAUCGAUGUUAUUUUUAGUCAAGUUUUUAUUACUUGCAUUGAUGAUAUGAUAAGAUACAUACAAAAUAAAUUACAAAACUGC